UGGGUGUAUGUUAAAAUUCGCCGCGAAAUAUUUCGAUCAAAAUACGCUGCAAACUGAAUAUAUUAAAGCUCUUCUAGGGAAUAAUUUUGUUUGUCUCGAGUGACGAAAGAUGAGUGAAAUAAGUGUUAUUUAAUUUAAUAGUAUUGUGGAAAUUGUGUCAAUCUUUUGGUGAAAAUGAAUGGCAAAAUGCACAGUGAAACCGGCGCUUUCUCAUCUGACGGCAUGCGCGCCGAAAUAUUGAACCCUUUCGUCCACAAAUUGGAAUUAGAUAAUACAUACGACAAAAUAAAGACGGCGAUAUUCACAGUUAUACUGCUGCCGUUUCGAGUGAUUGUCAUUUGUUACUUAAUAGUGACAGCAUGGCUAAUAGCGUGUAUUGGCCUAUAUGGGCUGAGUGAAGAGGAUCUACGGCGGAAACCUAUGACUGGUUGGAGAAGCAAACUCCGGUUCUCGAUCCUGUCCCUGAUGCGGCUGGUGGUGGUGGCGGCGGGUUUCCACCGAGUCAGGAUCCUGGGCCACCAUCACAAGCCAGCGCACCCGCGAGACGCGCCGGUCGUGGUGAUGGCGCCACACUCCUCAUUCUUCGAUGCUAUUGCCAUCGUGGUGCUCGGGGCUCCAAGUGUGGUGGCGAAGGCUGAUACAGCGCGACUCCCCUUCAUUGGACAGCUGAUCAACUACACUCAACCAGUAUACGUGUGGAGAGAUGACCCCAACUCUCGACAGAAUACCAUCAAGGAGAUCAUAGAGCGAGCCACGUCUAAGGAAGACUGGCCUCAGGUCCUCAUCUUCCCAGAAGGCACGUGCACCAACCGGUCAUGCCUCAUCACGUUCAAGCCCGGCGGCUUCUACCCUGGGGUGCCAGUGCAGCCGGUCACCAUCCGCUACCCUAACGCCAGGGACACUGUCACUUGGACCUGGGAGGGACCUGGAGCACUGAAGCUCCUGUGGUUGACUCUGACGCAGAUCCACAGUUCGUGUGAGAUAGAGUUCCUGCCUGUAUACUACCCGAGUGAGGAGGAGAAACGUGACCCAAAACUGUACGCCAGGAAUGUCAGGGAUGUUAUGGCUAAAGCCCUCGGCGUCCCAGUUCUGGACUACACGUAUGAUGACUGUCGUCUGAUCGCGCGAGCCAAACAACUGGGCAUCCCCGCCGCCCCCUCCGUCAGGGAAGUCAGCGAGCUGAGGACGCAUCUUGGCCUGGAGCGUUCCCAGUUGGAGCUUCACGUGGCGGCGCAGGGUAUGUCCGGUCGUCCACGGUGGGUGACCAGCGCAGAGUUCUUCGCGCGGCUGGGAAUAUCCGCUGCCGACCCUCACGCUCAGAGGCUGUUUGACAUCUUCGUUCAGAGGUCGACCGGUCUGGCGUCUUUCCCGGACUACCUGCUGUGUGCCGCGUUUCUGUCGUUGCAACACGCGCCGCUGUCGCAAUUGCUGUCUUAUGCUUUCAAGCUAUACGACAGCACGGGCACAGGUCGUUUAACAGCGACUCACUUCGAGGAGGUGGCGACGCGGUGUCUCGGGCUGUGUCAGGAAGAUGCGCAGAACACCUUCCGCCAGGCUGACCUCGAUGAGAAGGGGUACUUGACUUAUGAUGAAUUUAUCUCGUACGCGCAAAAGAAGGCAGAGUUUUGUCACAUUUUCGCGACUGAUGCGGCUCAUCAGAAGCCCAAAACUCAGUGAGGGUCGCAGGAUCACAUCCCAACUGUCUGCAGUCAGGUCGCUUGAGGUACGAAGUAAGCCGAACUUUGUUGGCAAAAAACAAGAUUAUGUUGGAAAAAAUAAAAAAAUUGUUGUCAAAUAUCAUAAUUUUGUUGAAGUUGAAAAUUUUGGAAAAAAAAACUAACUGCAUAUGGGAUUAUAAAUAGGCGAAAAUGAACAUGAAUGAAGUUUGUUGGUCACAUCGAAAAAUUAUUGGAACCAAGGAGAAAGUAUAAAGACUUAUGUGGAUACAAGGAAUAACGUAUUUUGUACAAAACCGUGAUGGAAUUGUAAUCUUGACAUAAUGUGUGACGUCAUACCACUGGUAGGAACGUAAGAAAUAAUGUGAUGUCGAAGUCAAAUCAUAACUCAUAAUUCGAAUCAUAAUUUUCUAAAUGAGGAUAAAAAGUGAAGCUCUAAGAAUGCAGGCGGCCGAUCUGUUGAGUGUUCCUAAAUUUUGACAGUUCUCCAUACUGUCCAGGUAAAAUACGUCAUAAUUUGCCAUAAAAAAUAUAUACUUACGGUUGAAUUGAGAACCUCCUUUUUUGAAGUCGGUAAAAAUGUCGAGCAACGUGGACCGUCUGAAGGAUGAGUUACUUACGUAUAAGAAAAGUAGGUAGUUGGAAAAAAGCAGUUUUC